AUGUUUGUGGAUGAGCGGAUUGUGACUCUGUUUAAGAGGAAUGCCCAUCACACACUGACCUACUGGAGUGUUUUCUUCAGCUUUGGACUCUGCAUUGCUUUCCUUGGACCUACAAUUUUGGACUUGCAAUGUCAAACAAAGUCAACACUAAGUCAGAUUACCUGGGUAUUCUUUGCCCAGCAGCUCUGCUUGUUGAUUGGCAGCUCUAUUGGUGGUUUUUUCAAGAGGACGUUGUUCAGUGCUCUAGCUGCCCUAUUUGUCUCUGCUCUCACCAUCUCUGUAAUAUUUGCCAUCAUCCCUCUGUGCAAUAAUGUUCUCGUGCUUGCCGUCGCUAUGGCUGUGUCUGGGUUUGCGAUGGGCAUCAUUGACACCAUCGCUAACAUCCAACUGGUGUCCAUCUAUCAGAGGGACUCAGCUGUUUUCUUACAGGCUCUUCAUUUCUUCAUUGGCUUCGGAGCCCUGGUGAGCCCACUGAUUGCUGAUCCUUUCCUCUCGGAGACGGGCUGUGGGAAUCACACAGAGAAUGGGACAGAGAUCAUGCAUCAUUUCAGGAACAUGCUGAGAAACAGUCCGAUUGCAGAGCACAACAUAACUCAGAGCAACCUGCCAUAUCACGAGGGAGAGAUAGAGGAGUCCAAUGUGCACUAUGCUUUCUGGAUCAUGGCGCUUAUCAAUCUACCCGUGCCAAUUGCAGUCCUGUUCCUGAUGUAUCGGGAGCAGCUGAUCCCAUGCUGCCCCAGCGGUACUCCUCGUCUUCUGGACAAAGAUGAACUAGCAAUGGAGAACCAGCAGGGGGCAGAGGGCUCGGACGUGGAGCAGAAGGAACAUGAAGCUGGAGGUCACGGGAAUAUCUUUAGCUGCUGUCAGAAUGAUAACCUGCGCGGGCUGCCAGUAUCCUUCUUUAUGAUUCAUAUCCUCGGUGGGAUGGUGCUCUUCAUGACCGAUGGUAUUGUGGGUGCAUAUGCCGGCUUUGUCUACACCUACGGUGUGUCACCACCUAUAUCGUUGCCUAAUAAGACAGCGGGUUACCUGGCCAGUAUCUUUUGGGCAGCCAUCACUGCGGGACGCCUAUUGUCCAUUCCUCUCUCGUACCGGUUCCAGCCUGUGAGACUGCUCAUGUUCAACCUGGCAGGUGCUAUUGUCACUGUCUUGAUGCUGCUUAUUUUCUACACCAGCAGCACCUUUCUGUUUGCCGGGACAUUUUUUUGUGGGCUUUUCCUCAGCAGCAUAUUCCCCUGUAUGCUCGCCUAUACUGAAGACAUCCUUGAUUAUCAGGGAUGUGCAACGUCAGUCCUGGUGACAAGUGCAGGGAUGGGAGAGAUGGUAAUGCAGGUUUUGGUCGGCUCAAUCAUCCAGGCCCAAGGCAGCUACAGCUUCCUGCUGUGUGGAAUGAUAAUCGCGUGCCUCGGUUUUAUCCUCUUUAUUGGUCUCCUGCUGUUCCAUCGAAUGCAUAGAAAUUACCUCACAGGAACGACGAAAAAGUCAGCCAUGGUGGAGGAACCAGCAACAGAACAGAAUGGGUCUGCCAAAACAGAACAGAAAGAAGAGACAGAGAGCAGCUGAGAGGGGCAGUAGCAGUUCUUUGUCCUCUACUGGCGACUGUAGGGGAUGUAGUAUUACAACAAUCUAUCCUCAAAGAUGAUGGAUCAAAGAUGUUUUAUCAAAGGAUAGUGAAUGAACAUUUCGCCGAUGUACUUUUAUUUUGCUGGAAAUAACAUAUUUGCAAAGUAGAUAAUAUGCUACUGUUACAGG